GCGGCAGGGCGCGGACCGGGAAAGGCCGCAUCUCCCCGCCGAGGACGACCCUCCUCCGCGGGCCGGCGGGUCGCGGGCUGGUGCUCCUGAGACCCGGAUCUUCUGCCGGCGACCUCGUGAAGUCAGCUGACGACUGCCAUCGUCCCUGGCCCCAGAGGGCGAGUGGAGGCCCGAGGCGCAGGAGUAAAGCGACCCCAAGGAGGAGUUGCCCUGGGAAAGAGGAGACGAAUGGGAAAUGCAUUGAAAACCAUUGGCUUAGCAGAGCACAGGAUUUAUUGAGGGCAUACAUUUCCUAUGAGAUACAAAUGGACUUGGUGACCUUUGAGGAUAUAGUUGUGGACUUCACUCAGGAAGAGUGGACUUUACUGGACUCAACUCAGAGAAACCUAUAUAGAGAUGUGAUGUUGGAGAACUACCAGAACCUGGCAACAUUAGGAUGUAAAAUACACCUUAAAGCAAAAGGAACAGCACUUCAGAAGGAUACUUUCUGGUCAAAUAUAUCAAAUUUACCACAGUUGUCAGGAAGCCACAAUAGAGAGGAACUUUGUAUCUCUAAGAAAGUUGGAAACGUCUUCAGUGAAUACCCAUGCUUGCAGACACACAUGAGUACUCUAAAUACAGAAAACACAUCUGAGAAUAAUUUGUAUAGAAAAGACUUACUUCCUUUGCUCAGGAAAACCUCUACUGAAGAGGAACUUUCUUUGUUGAUUCAACAUGAAGAAGUCUCGGCUCUGAGUUCAACAGAUGUUUACCAGAGAACAUGCAUUCAAGACCAAUCCUUUGAACAAAAUGAUGAUGGAAAACCCUUUGUUAAUCACUCACAUCUUCAGGCACAUAACAAAGCUGACAAUAGAGAAAAUCCCUAUGAAUGGGACCAAUGUGAAAAAGCUUUAAUUCAACCUACAAGUUGUUCUACUUAUGUUCAAACAUAUCCUAUAAAAGAAACCUAUGGAUUUAGAGAUUUCGUCAGAAAUCCUUUCUACCUGAAUAAUGAUAUGGGAACUCACAUGUUGGAGAAACCCCAUGAAUGUAAGGAAUGUGGAAAAGCCUUCACUACAAACUCAGGCCUUACUACACAUAUACGAAGCCACAGUAGACAGAAGGCCUAUGAGUGUAAAGAGUGUGGAAAAGUAUUUGGUAAAUCUUCAGGCCUUAUUGAGCAUAUGAGAAGUCAUACAGGAGAGAAGCCCUUUGAAUGUAACCAAUGUGGGAAGGCCUUUGCUUCUUCAUCAUAUCUAAUUGCACAUUUGAGAACACAUACUGGAGAGAAGCCUUUUGAGUGUACAGUAUGUGAGAAAGCAUUUACUCGUUCCUCCUACCUUCGCAUUCACAUGCGAACACACACAGGAGAGAAACCAUAUGAAUGUAAGGAAUGUGGGAAAACCUUUGCUGUGCGCUCAUGCCUUAAUAUACAUUCACGAACACACACUGGGGAGAAGCCCUAUGACUGUAAGGAAUGUGGGAAGGCCUUUACAAGUUUUCGUCAACUGACUGAACAUAUGAAAACUCACACUGGUGAGAAACCUUUUGAAUGUCAGGUAUGUGCAAAAUUCUUUAGAAAUUCCUCCUGUCUUAAGAAACACUUUCGAAUUCACACAGGAAUAAAACCAUAUCAGUGUAAAGACUGUGGAAAAGCCUUUAGUGGUCGCAGUGGCUUUACAACACAUGUACUGACUCACACUGGGGAGAAGCCAUAUGAGUGUAAGGAAUGUGGGAAAGCUUUCAGAACAUCCUCAAGUCUUAUUGAACACAUAAGAACUCACACUGGAGAGAAACCAUUUGAAUGUCAUCAAUGUGGGAAGGCCUUUGCAUCUUCUUCAUAUCUUACUACACAUUUGAGAACUCACACUGGAGAGAAACCAUUUAAGUGUUCGGUAUGUGGGAAAGCAUUUACACGUUCCUCCUAUCUUCGUGGACACAUACAAAGUCACACUGGAGAGAAACCUUGAGUGUGUAAGAAUUGUGGAAAAGCCUUCACUGAGUGUUCAUGCCUUACACUCAUAUGGCUUAUUGAACACAUGAGGAAGAACACACUUGGGAGAAGCCCUAUCGAUGUCAGUAAUAAAGGAACACAUUCAUUAACUUUCCUGAACUUAUUGAAAGUUUGAAAACUCAUACUGGUAAGCUUUUUGAAUGUCAAAUAUGUACAAGUCUUAGAAGUUCCUUAUAUUUUGAGAAGCACUUCUGAAUUCAUAUGGUGAUAAGACCAUGUCAGUGUAAGGACUGUGAGAAAGCCUUCAGUAGAUGUACUGACUUUAUGACACAUGUACUGACUCACCCUGGGGAGAAACUUUAUAUGUGCAGAAAACGUGGGAAAGCCUUCACUGCUUCCUCCCACCUUCAACAUUUAGAAAUCACAUAGGAGAGAAAUCUUUUGAAUAUGACCAGUUUGGGAAGGCAUUUGUUUCCUCCUCAUCUCUUAAGAACUCACACUGAAGAGAUGCCCUUUGAGUAUACAUUGUGUGGCAAAGCAUUCAAGUGUUCCUCCAACCUUUGUAGUUACAUGAGAAAACACAUUGGAGAGAAAAACCUGCGUUAGCAUCAUGGAAAAGCCUUUAUUGAGCACUUAGGCCUUACUAAACACAUAAGAACACUGGUUUCUGAGGAGAUGACCCAGCAGUCAGAGGCCCUUGCUUGCUGAGCUUUCUGGCCUGGUUUCAGUUCCAUAGUACUCAUUUAAGGCCAGAUGCACUAAGUGGCACAUCCAUCUGGAGUUCAUUUGUAGUGGCAAGAGACAUUGGAGUGUGUACUCUUCCCCCAUCUCUUUAAUGGGAAUAUUUUUUUAAAAGAAGGAUAUAACACCAGAGAGAAGCCCUAUGGAUAUGAGGAAUGUGGGAAAGCUUUCACUGUUCCUUCAUAUUUAUGUAACCAUAUAAGAAUUCACAGUGGAUAUAAACUAAAUGGAAAAACUUCACGUGUUCUUUUAAUCUUGCCGAACAAAAUUACUGGAGGGAAAUAAUUUGAAUGUAAGGAAUGAGGAAAACUUAAGUGCUCACUUCUUGGUAAUGACAUUCGUAUUUAGUGAAGAAACCUUAUCAUGGUAAGCACUGUGGAAAUGUAUUCAGCUGAUCCUUUCACUUUAAAGGCUUGUUGGACCUCAUACUCAAACAUGUCUUAUGAGUGUAAAGAACUUGGAAAGGUCAUUAAUGUCCACUUACAAUGUGGCUGAGGCCAUACAGUGUAAGAAAAAUGGAAAGUCUUCUGUUUCCUUGGCUUUUACUAAAUAUAUGUACAAUUCCAGUACACUGGAAACUACUGAUGUAUUAUAUGUAUGAAACUUAUAGUUCUGCUAAAAUAAUUUGAUAUUCACUUAUGAUCUCAAAGUAGAAAAAAAAACUUCAUGCAAUGUAAUGCUACUUUUAAAUAUUCCUCUACUUUUGCUAAAUGUGGUUAUCCACACUGAAGUGCAUAUGCAUACAAUCAAUAUGGCAAAUGCUUCCAUUGUCCUGAAAUUUUGUGUACUGACAGUGAUGUAUUUCUAGGUGGCUCUACAUAUUUACUUUCAAUGUUUUGAAUAUUUCAUAUAUUUCAAUAUAUGCAUGCAUUUUUAAAGA